CACAGCCUUCAACAAAAAAUCAGUUACGCCAAGCUGUCAUAUGCGUCAAUUGGACUGCAGGCGAGUUACACAAUGGCUUUUGAAAAUGUAUGUAUUCCAAUAGUUCAACCUGUACAGUACUAGUCAUGCACUCCGCUGGUUCAUUCCUCAUUACUGCAAAGCAUUGAGCAAGACAUUCCCGUCAUAUAAAGUGGGACAAAGCCAUAAACAUUUGACCUCGGAACCACUGGGGCACAGUGAGGGGUGUGAGAUCCUGUUUAAACUCGGUGUGCUGGUAAGGACGACGACACAGCGACGAAGUUGAUGUCUACGAUGUAGAGGAGUUCUGGCGUCCCGACACACUUCAACGGGCAUCACAUAGCGUAAGAAUAAGAACUGGCGUCACUGGACAAACGGGAGCUUAAUCGGUUAUUUGUCCGUGUCAAGUGUUGUAUCAUCAGUGACCGCGGUAUUGAACCAUAUUUGACCAAGUAAACUCUGACGAUGGAAGGUUCCAAGGCACAAAAAGCAAGUGCACCAGUUAUCUACCUGGCAAUGUAUGACUUUGAUGGGAGUUACGAUGAUGACUUGUCAUUCAAGAAAGGGCACCGACUCAGAAGAGUAGACGCCGAAGUGGCAUCUGACUGGGUGGUGUGUGUGAACCUCAACAGUGGUGAAACCGGGUACAUCCCAAUCAACUAUGUUAAACUUGAAAACAACUCUCCAGAAUCUCAGGUAUGGUGGUUUGCCUGCACACGGGAGGGAGGAGAGAAGAAACUGAUGAAGGAGGGCUUGACUGAUGGGACGUUUCUCGUCAGGCCAACCUCAGAAACAAGUUCCUACACAUUAAGUGUGAGGUGGCACGAAGGGGAUGGGAUGCCCUGUGUCAAACACUACAAGCUGCGCAAGUCAGAGGAGGGGCAGGUUUACAUCGGGCUGAGAAAGAUGUUUCUUACAGUCAACGUACUUAUCGCAUAUUAUCAAGACAAUGAUGACGGUUUGGUGUGUCGUCUAACUAAGCCGUGUCCGAGGACAGUACAACUCCAACAGGGGGGUCGAUCCGUUAAAGGCGAAAGUUGGUGGUUUGACAUUGGACGCCAUGAUGCAGAAGCACUGUUGUUGAAAAGAGAAGCGGAACUUGGUUACUUUCUCAUCAGACCAACAACAGGGUCAAACUCAUAUGCCUUGUCUGUGAGGCUGCAACACGGAAAUGCCGAAUCCCCUUUCGUUAGACACUACAAAAUACAGACAGCGGAGAACGGACAGGUGUACAUUGGAGUCCGGAGGAUGUUUUCCAGCAUCAACGCACUUGUAGCGCAUCACCGAGCGAGGGAGGACGGUUUGGAGUGUCGCCUGACGGAGCCAUGUCCCAGGAUGGCACCAGUCCUACACCUUCGUAGCAUGGAGGUUAACAGAGGUCACAUUGGCAUGACAGUCAAGCUUGGCUCCGGCUACUUUGGCGAAGUCUGGAAAGGAAAGCUGAACGGAAAGCGUGACAUUGCCGUUAAGAAGUUGAAGCCAGGCAGGAUGACUGUGGAAGAUUUCAUCAGCGAGGCGAGAAUAAUGAACCAAUUACGUCACGUCCGCCUGGUCCAACUCCUGGCGGUGUGUACAGACGCUGAACCUGUUCUGCUCAUCACUGAGUACAUGACCAAUGGAUCCCUACUGGACUUCCUCCGGAAAACGGACCGUCCUAAGCUGGAGCAUUCUAUGAUGAUAAACAUGUGCAGACAGAUUGCUGAGGGAAUGGCGUUCCUUGAAUCCCACAACUUCAUCCACCGAGACCUUCGUGCUGCCAAUAUACUGGUGGGGGAACAUUAUGAUGUCAAGGUCGCAGACUUCGGACUGGCCAGGAUCGUUGAUGAUGGCGCCGAUUAUCUUUCAAAAGGUAGCCGUGUACCUAUCAAGUGGACGGCCCCUGAGGGACUGGAAUACAGAAAAUUCAGUAUCAAGUCUGACGUGUGGUCCUUUGGUGUGUUGAUGUUCGAGAUUGCAACAUCAGGCAAGGAUCCUUAUGCAGGUAUGAGGCCACGAGAAGUCGUGGAACAAACAGUUCAAGGGUAUCGCUUACCCAAACCACAGGCACACUGGCUUCCCGAACAGAUAGACCCUCUCUAUGAUAUCAUGCAACAAUGCUGGAAGAACGACCCUGCAAGCAGGCCCUCCUUUUCCCAUCUACACAGCUUAUUUGAGGACUUCCAAGUUCAGACAGAAACGCAGUAUGAUGAUAUAUGACGUACUGAAUUAUAUAGAAAAGGUAAUCACUUCAAAGAUGGAGCUGUGAUGGAGCUGUUUGAAGGUGUAACAUGCUAUUUGGAUUACAUUGUCUCCAAGAAGACACUGGGCAGUGGCAGCGCGGGACAACGGAGUUACUGAAAUCGAUUGAGUUGCUAAAUUUCAUUGACAUGACAUUGAAGGUGUGUAUGUAACCAAGUGUAAAACUGAUAUUGCGGUCUUUGAUGUAGCAAAUUGCUUGUGUGGAACGUCGUCAUCAACAGGGGACAUUUCUGUUGUGUUACUGACACAGUGAUCAUCACUCUAUCGUGGAAACGUAUGUUAUUGUGGUAGUGUCAACACUUUUGCAGAAGGGGAAAGUGUGUGUUAAGUUAUUGACAUUGUCAUCACUACUGUAUGAGAGAAAGUGUGUGUUGUGUUUUUGAUAUUAUCAUCACGACUGUAUGAGGGAAAGUGUGUGUUGUGUUAUUGAUAUUAUCAUCACGCCUGUAUGAGGGAAAGUGUGUGUUGAGUUAUUGAUAUUAUCAUCAGUACUGUUUGAGGGUAAGUGUGUGUUGUGUUAUUGACAUUAUCAUCACGACUGUAUGAGGGAAAGUGUGUUGUGUUAUUGAUAUUAUCAUCACGACUGUAUGAGGGAAAGUGUGUGUUGAGUUAUUGACAUUAUCAUCACGACUGCAUGAGGGAAAGUGUGUGUUGAGUUACUGACAUUAUCAUCACGACUGUAUGAGGGAAAGUGUGUGUUGAGUUAUUGACAUUAUCAUCACGACUGUAUGAGGGAAAGUGUGUGUUGAGUUAUCGACAUUAUCAUCACUACUGUAUGAGGGAAAGUGUGUGUUGAGUUAUUGACAUUAUCAUCACGACUGUAUGAGGGUUAGGGUGUGUUGUGUUAUUGACAUUAUCAUCACUACUGUAUGAGGGUAACUGUGUGUUGUGUUAUUGACAUUAUCAUCACGACUGUAUGAGGGAAAGUGUGUGUUGAGUUAUCGACAUUAUCAUCACUACUGUAUGAGGGAAAGUGUGUGUUGAGUUAUUGACAUUAUCAUCACGACUGUAUGAGGGUUAGGGUGUGUUGUGUUAUUGACAUUAUCAUCACUACUGUAUGAGGGUAACUGUGUGUUGUGUUAUUGAUAUUAUCAUCACUAUUGUAUGAGGGAAAGUGUGUGUUGAGUUAUUGACAUUAUCAUCACUACUGUAUGAGAGAAAGUGUGUGUUGAGUUAUUGAUAUUAUCAUCACUACUGUAUGAGGGUAAGUGUGUGUUGAGUUAUUGACAUUAUCAUCACGACUGUAUGAGGGAAAGUGUGUGUUGUGUUUUUGAUAUUAUCAUCACGACUGUAUGAGGGAAAGUGUGUGUUGUGUUAUUGAUAUUAUCAUCACGCCUGUAUGAGGGAAAGUGUGUGUUGAGUUAUUGAUAUUAUCAUCAGUACUGUUUGAGGGUAAGUGUGUGUUGUGUUAUUGACAUUAUCAUCACGACUGUAUGAGGGAAAGUGUGUUGUGUUAUUGAUAUUAUCAUCACGACUGUAUGAGGGAAAGUGUGUGUUGAGUUAUUGACAUUAUCAUCACGACUGCAUGAGGGAAAGUGUGUGUUGAGUUACUGACAUUAUCAUCACGACUGUAUGAGGGAAAGUGUGUGUUGAGUUAUUGACAUUAUCAUCACGACUGUAUGAGGGAAAGUGUGUGUUGAGUUAUCGACAUUAUCAUCACUACUGUAUGAGGGAAAGUGUGUGUUGAGUUAUUGACAUUAUCAUCACGACUGUAUGAGGGUUAGGGUGUGUUGUGUUAUUGACAUUAUCAUCACUACUGUAUGAGGGUAACUGUGUGUUGUGUUAUUGAUAUUAUCAUCACUAUUGUAUGAGGGAAAGUGUGUGUUGAGUUAUUGACAUUAUCAUCACUACUGUAUGAGAGAAAGUGUGUGUUGAGUUAUUGAUAUUAUCAUCACUACUGUAUGAGGGUAAGUGUGUGUUGAGUUAUUGACAUUAUCAUCACGACUGUAUGAGGGAAAGUGUGUGUUGUGUUAUUGAUAUUAUCAUCACUACUGUAUGAGGGAAAGUGUGUGUUGAGUUAUUGACAUUAUCAUCAUUACUGUAUGAGAGAAAGUGUGUGUUGAGUUAUUGAUAUUAUCAGCACUACUGUAUGAGAAAAGUGUGUGUUGAGUUAUUGAUAUUAUCAUCACGACUGUAUGAGGGGAAGUGUGUGUUGAUUUAUUGACAUUAUCAUCACGACUGUAUGAGGGAAAGUGUGUGUUGAGUUAUUGAUAUUAUCAUCACGACUGUAUGAGGGACAGUGUGUGUUGUGUUAUUGACAUUAUCAUCAGUACUGUAUGAGGGACAGUGUGUGUUGAGUUAUUGAGAUUAUCAUCACUACUGUAUGAGAGAAAGUGUGUGUUGAGUUAUUGAUAUUAUCAUCACUACUGCAUGAGAGAAAGUGUGUGUUGAGUUAUUGAUAUUAUCAUCACGACUGUAUGAGGGACAGUGUGUGUUGUGUUAUUGACAUUAUCAUCAGUACUGUAUGAGGGACAGUGUGUGUUGAGUUAUUGAGAUUAUCAUCACUACUGUAUGAGAGAAAGUGUGUGUUGAGUUAUUGAUAUUAUCAUCACUACUGUAUGAGAGAAAGUGUGUGUUGAGUUAUUGACAUUAUCAUCACGACUGUAUGAGGGAAAGUGUGUGUUGAGUUAUUGAUAUUAUCAUCACUACUGUAUGAGGGACAGUGUGUGUUGUGUUAUUGACAUUAUCAUCAGUACUGUAUGAGGGACAGUGUGUGUUGAGUUAUUGAGAUUAUCAUCACUACUGUAUGAGAGAAAGUGUGUGUUGAGUUAUUGAUAUUAUCAUCACUACUGCAUGAGAGAAAGUGUGUGUUGAGUUAUUGAUAUUAUCAUCACGACUGUAUGAGGGACAGUGUGUGUUGUGUUAUUGACAUUAUCAUCAGUACUGUAUGAGGGACAGUGUGUGUUGAGUUAUUGAGAUUAUCAUCACUACUGUAUGAGAGAAAGUGUGUGUUGAGUUAUUGAUAUUAUCAUCACUACUGUAUGAGAGAAAGUGUGUGUUGAGUUAUUGAUAUUAUCAUCACGACUGUAUGAGGGAAAGUGUGUGUUGAGUUAUUGAUAUUAUCAUCAUUACUGUAUGAGGGAAAGUGUGUGUUGAGUUAUUGAUAUUAUCAUCACGACUGUAUGAGGGUAAGUGUGUGUUGAGUUAUUGAUAUUAUCAUUACGACUGUAUGAGGGUAAGUGUGUGUUGUGUUAUUGAUAUUAUCAUCACGACUGUAUGAGGGAAAGUGUGUGUUGUGUUAUUGAUAUUAUCAUCAGUACUGUAUAAGGGUAAGUGUGUGUUGAGUUAUUGACAUUAUCAUCACGACUGUAUGAGGGAAAGUGUGUGUUGAGUUAUUGACAUUAUCAUCACUACUGUAUGAGAGAAAGUGUGUGUUGAGUUAUUGAUAUUAUCAUCACGACUGUAUGAGGGCAAGUGUGUGUUGUGUUAUUGACAUUAUCAUCACGACUGUAUAAGGGAAAGUGUGUUGAGUUAUUGAUAUUAUCAUCACUACUGUAUGAGGGAAAGUGUGUCUUGAGUUAUUGAUAUUAUCAUCACGACUGUAUGAGGGACAGUGUGUGUUGUGUUAUUGACAUUAUCAUCACGACUGUAUGAGGGAAAGUGUGUGUUGAGUUAUUGAUAUUAUCUUCACGACUGUAUGAGGGAAAGUGUGUGUUGAGUUAUUGAUAUCAUCAUCACUACUGUAUGAGGGAAAGUGUGUGUUGAGUUAUUGAUAUUAUCAUCAGGACUGUAUGAGGGUAAGUGUGUGUUGUGUUAUUGACAUUAUCAUCACGACUGUAUGAGGGAAAGUGUGUUGAGUUAUCGAUAUUAUCAUCAGUAUUGUAUGAGGGUAAGUGUGUGUUGAGUAAUUGAUAUUAUCAUCACUACUGUAUGAGGGACAGUGUGUGUUGUGUUAUUGAUAUUGUCAUCACUAUUGUAUGAGGGAAAGAGUGUUGGGUAAUUGUGGUACCGUCAACACUUUUGCAGAAUAUGACAGGUGUGUCGAGUGACUGACGAUGUCAUGACGCUUGUUGCAGGACAAUGUUUGUUUUGAGUAACUUUGGUCAUCGAUGAUCUUACAAUGGAAAUGUUUUAUUUUCAUCAGAUGACCCCUGUAUUUAAAUGUUAUAUAACUUACAUUUCGGCAAAUAUAUUUAUACGAUAUUUGCAUAAAUAGACAUCAUCACAGUCUAUACAGGUGCGCCUGUUGUAGGCAAAGGGUUCAUAAGAAAUGCCAUUAAGCUGUGUAUUUCUACAAGCUGACCGGGUGUAUGAUAUCACGUAGACAGCAGGGUAAUAGUUUUCUGUUUAUACGAUUGUGUGCACGUAUGUGAGAUCGACGAACUGUUGCUGUAUUGCUUUCAUGAAACACAUUUAAACAUUAAAGCACCUAAUCAAAUAUUACAUGUU